UGUCGCGUGCGCGCGCACACACACACACACAAUCAGCUGAAUCGGCCACUGCCUUAGUGAGCGACAGACCGUGGAUAAACACGAGCUUUUCUUUCCGAGACGGUAACAAUUGACAGUUAGAAGUUGACGUACAGUAUUAGAGACGAAAGAUGGAGGCAAACCUGCCUGAAGAUCUGGCGAAUCUGUCAGAGCUGGACGAGAAAAGUUUGCUGGAUGUUUUGACUGGACGUUUUACACAGAACCUAAUCUAUACAUAUAUAGGAGACAUCUUGGUGGCUAUUAACCCAUUUAAAUAUCUUUCAAUCUAUGAAAAAGAGGUGUCUGAGCAAUAUAAGUGCCAUGAGAAGAAGUCUUUGCCCCCUCAUAUAUUUGCUGUGGCGGAUCGAGCAUAUCAGUCCAUGUUGGGACGUCUGGCCACGGGACCCAAGAACCAGUGUAUCGUGAUCAGUGGUGAGAGCGGCGCGGGUAAAACCGAGAGCACCAAACUUCUGCUGAGACACAUCAUGGAGCUGUGCAAGGCCAACUCUCAGCUAGAGCAGCAGAUCCUGCAGGUGAAUCCACUGCUCGAGGCCUUUGGAAAUGCUCAGACGGUCAUGAAUGACAACAGCAGUCGCUUCGGGAAAUAUAUCCAACUUCGCUUCCAGAACUCUUCAGUGAAAGGGGCCAAAAUCAACGAGUACCUCCUGGAGAAAUCCCGUGUGGUUCACCAGGAUGAGGGUGAGCAGAACUUCCACAUCUUCUACUUUAUGUUGGCCGGCAUUUCCAUUGAGGAUAAAGAGAUAUAUGGCCUCCUGGAUCCUACACACUACCGUUAUUUGAAUGGCAGGUUUGGGCAGGAAGACGUAGUGCAGGCCUGGCGUGUGAAAUAUGCUGAGGUGUGUAACGCCAUGGACAUGGUUGGAUUUGAAGAGCAGGAAAAGGUGGACAUGAUGACUAUUCUUGCUGGCAUUCUGUCCCUGGGUAACAUCACUUUUGAAACAACAGACAGCGACGCACUGAAGGUGUCAGAGACGUCACGCGGCUGGCUAAAAGCUACUGCAGGUCAGUUUGGCGUUCAGGAAGAGGAUUUACUGAAGAGUCUGAUCUGCACCAUGUCAGUGACGCGAGGAGAGGCCAUCCAGCGACUCCACAACCAGCAGCAGGCUGAAGAUGCCAGAGAUUCCAUCGCUAAAGUGGCCUACGGUCGCGUCUUCGGAUGGAUCGUCAGUAAAAUCAACGAGCAGCUUGCUCCUAAUGUAGAUUUUGACGUGGAGCUUAAUGAAAUAGGAAUCCUUGACAUCUUUGGUUUCGAGAACUUCGCUGUGAACCGGUUUGAGCAGAUCUGCAUCAAUCUAGCUAACGAACAGCUCCAGUACUUCUUCAACCAUCACAUUUUUUUGAUGGAACAGAAAGAAUAUAAAGAGGAAGGCAUCACAUGGGAGACCAUAACCUACAAGGACAACAAGCCCAUACUGGACCUGUUCCUCACGAAACCCAUCGGGAUUCUCUCUCUGCUGGAUGAGCAAAGUGCCUUUCCUCAGGCCACUGACCGAGAUUUUGUUGACAAGUUAAACAGCAAAUUUAAAGCGGCUCCCAACUUUGAGGUUGUGCGAAACCACACCCCUCUGUUCACUAUUGUGCACUACGCUGGGAAGGUGCAAUACAACGCAAGCGGUUUCCUUGAGAAAAACCGGGACACAAUACCAGCCAACAUUCGUGAGCUCUUCAUCAACAGCGUCACUCCUCUACUCAGUGUUUUGUUCGCAGCUACAAUUUCUCGAACAGGCACUCUGAUGCCAAGGAAAGCCAAGUUACAAGUUGCAGGUGACAACUUUAACUCAACCAGGAAGCAGUCUGUUGGUGCGCAAUUCAAGCAUUCCCUGGCUGUCCUUAUGGAGAAGAUGUUUGCCGCCAGUCCACACUUUGUUCGGUGCAUCAAACCCAACCGAAGCAAACAGCCUGAUCAACUAGACAGUAAACUGGUGAUGGAUCAGCUGAGAUACAACGGUCUAAUGGAAACAAUCCGAAUCCGGCGGGACGGUUUCUCAUGGCGUCCAACUUUCAAGGAGUUUGCAGAGAGGUACAACAUUCUGCUGCUGAAACCGGAUCUCCCGUCAGACAAGAGCAG